CAGGGUGAAGACCCAGACAAAACACCUAAGCUUGAACAUCAAGAGGCAGAGUCAAAACUCGGAAUGAAAGUAAAAAAACAAAAAGCUUUCAAAGAAAAAAGACAUAGUAUUCAGGGUGAAGAAUCAGACAAAACUUCUAUGCUUGAACAGCAAGAUGUAGAGAUUUCAGAACUUGAAAUGCCAGUAAAGAAGGAAAAAACUUCCAAAGAAGAAAGACAUAGUACUGAGUAUGAGGAACCAGACAAAACUUCUGUGUUUGAACCUCAAGAUGCAGUGUCAAAACUCGUAAUGCAAGUAAAGGAACAAAAACUUUCCAAAGAAGAAAUACAUAGUAUACUGGAUGAAAGUCUCACAUUCGUGCACCAAGAUUCAGUGUCAAAAUCCCAAAUGCAAGUAGAGAAAGAAAUAACUCUGGGAGAGGAAAGACGAAAUACCCAAAAACAGGAGGAAUCCUCUGAAAACGUAUUGCCUGAGGAGAAAGUUUUAUUAUCUGUAAGCCAGUCUCAAACUGAGAAACUGGAAGCUAUCAGCCAUGAGACUCUCAACACUCAAGAUACACAGGAAGAUCUAGAAUCACCUGUAGGAUAUGUGGAUCAAAUUCAAAGAACUGAAGUUGGCCAAGUUCAAGGACUGAAAACUAAAUAUGAAGUGGCCUCUCAACUGCCAGUUACAUCAGAAAAUCUUCCAGCAUUGCAUCCAACAAUUGGUGACAUAAUAUCUCACUUUGACAUGGACAAAGUAGUUGAAACUGAUCUAGAACAGUUAAGAGAUGCUUUUGGACAACACUUACAGAAGGAUGAGUUUAAGACACUCUCACCAUCUCUUCCUGAAACAGGUAUAGAUCAAUUUACACAUGAAGCUGAAAGAGAUAAAUUAAAAAGUGAAUUCAAGUCACAACUGAAGAAUCACCCUGAGACUGAAAUAGAACACCUAAAGGAUACAAUUGGACAAGGUUUAAUAAAGGAUGAAAUUCAGACACAAUCAAAAAAUUACUUUGAGACUGACACAAAACCCUUGGGAGGUAUUAUUGGAAAAAGUUUAAUGAAAGAGCCAAUGAAGACGCAAUUGAAGAGGCAUCCUGAAACUGAUACAGAACACUUGACAAAUGUAUUCAGAAGAGGUAAAGUAUUUGGUGGGAUGAAGACACAACCACAGAGUCACCCUGAUUUUAAUAUAAAACCCUUGAUAGAUGCUAUUACAAGAGGUAUAAUAAAGGGGUCAGACAGGCCACAGUUAGAGAGUCAACCAGAUACUGACAAAGAACGCUUGGCAGAUAUUGUUGGUGAAAGUACAAUAAAGGGGCCAAUGACAACACAAUUAAAGAUUCUUCCUGGUGUGAGUUUAUUGAAAAACAAGGAUAUGUUCAUACAACAUCAAAAAGAUAUUAGUAACAAGCACCCUGCACUAAGUAAACUACCAACAAAAUUGUUUGUGGAAAAUGAAGGUGUGAAUUUACUUAAAAACAAAGAUAUAUCCAUGCAGCUUCAAGAAGGUACCAAGGCUAAGCAAGCUACACCAAAUAAAUUUCCAACAAAAGUGAUCAAUUUGUCACCCUUUGCCAAGGAAGAAAACUUUGAUGACUCUUCACCCUAUUCAACAGAACCUCCAAAAGCAACUUAUAACACAUCUAGAACUGCUUCACAACCUUCCAGAUUUACCCCAUUUCCUUCACUGAAUAAAAUGCCAUCAGGAAAGCCUAAAAUAAGCUUAAACCAAAAGUCUGUUAAACUUCCAAAUGCUGUGCCUACUGUGACUACUAAAAAACCCACUUUUAAAGUGCUAAAUAAUGCUACAUCAAAAUUUCUACCACAUCUAUACUCUAAACAGUGAAGGGAAUUCUGAGCAAGGUAAACGUGAGCUGAUUCAUGGACACAGCAAAGAAAGUUACCAGCAUGGACGCCUUCUGCUGGUAACGCUGAGUGAGUGGGUGUGCUCGGGGCACACUUCGGGGAAGACCUGGAAUGGAUGAGGUAGGCUGGGAUCGCGGAUUCCCGGCCAGUUCCAGGGUUUCACGUUGCUCCUCCACUCCUUUUAUUAAUUUUAAAAAGUUAACAAUUAUUUUUUAAAUCAGAAACAAUGAAAAUAUUCACCCUAUUUAAAAUGUUCAUAUGUUUAGUAAAACCGGUUUCAAAAGGGAAAGGAAGUACAAAUGCAUGAGAGUAACCUUGUGUUAAAGCAUACUCCGGAAAUUGUAACGGCAUAAAAUACAGCUGCCAAGAAUUUGGAAGAUUUGACUUUCGCCAAUCAAAUGUUUUAUAACAUUAAAAUAUAAUUUUAAUCACAUUUUUACUGUUCCCUAGAAAGCCAAAGUAUUAUUAGAUAAAGUUAUCCUAAAUCCAAUCUGGAUCAUCACUGACAUAGGUAUUUAGACUUGCAUAAUAUUCUUUUAUACCUGAAUUCUUUUCCUGUAGCAAGAAUUAGGGCAAUGAACAAUAAUACUAAUGUAAAUAUCCUGGAAUUCUGUUUUACAUCAAAAAUUAAAAAGGAAAACUAGAUUUCUACUGAAACAAUAUAAAAUGAAAUAAAUGUCUAAAAUAGCUCCCUUCCCAUAUAACCUCUCAUUCUAAAGAUACUAUUUACAUGUUUUCAGGGUAAAAAUGAACCAUUUAUAUGAUGAAGAAUCAGGAGUUGAGCAUAGACUAUCAAUGGCAAGAUAAUAAAUGGAGGAAUUCUUUAAUGACUGAUUAUUCUCUGAAACUGUGAAAUACUCCAGACAUAACAUAAUAAUGAACUAUAUUAAUUCCUGUAAGGGCUUUAGGGAAAAUGUAUGCAGAAGUGAAUUGUUAUUGCAAGUUGCCAAAAUGGAGCUGUGAAUAAGGUGGCAUUGUAUUGCUUUAUAGUAUUCUCUUUCCAACCUAAGUUUUAGUUCAGCAGAGCAGACUGCCUGUGCUUUGUCGUGGAUUGUGAUUGCUGGGGUUAUCUAAAUUUCAAGCUUCUUAGAUUGCACCUGUGGACUACCCAGACACUUAUGCCACAUACGUGUUAAUUCCCAUUAAAGACUGCGAUUCCUUAGAACACUGAAACACCUGAAUUUCAGUUAAAGCUCUAUAGCCAUAGAAAUGUUUAUUUGGUUGAAUGAGCUAAUUUAUGACUAACUUAGUGCUUCUCAAACUUGUCCACAAAAUAGGAUUCACAGUUCUCAUCCCCAGACCAAUUAAAUGAGAUUCUCAGAACUGCUAUUCUUAUGUGCAACCGUGAAGCUUAUAUUUGAUGAGAAAACAAAGAAAAUCAACUCAUAACAAAGCCUGUGUGCAAAUAGUUAAAGUUACUUUUUAAAAAUCCAGAUCCUAUAGCUAUUGGAAAAGGGUAUCCAAGGAACAAGUUUAAUCUCUGUUAAUUCCAUGUAGAUGUUCCUACCUUUAGACUACCUUCUUUCAUAGCAAUUAUGAAAAAAAUCUCCCUUCACAGCACUCUCCAACAGAAUUUUCUGUGGUACUUCGUAUGCUUUAUGGUUGUGCCCUGCAACGUGGGGCUAUAAGCCUUAUGUGUCUUGGGUUCUUGAUAUGUGGCUAGCAUGAAAAACUAGAUUUUUACUUUUUAUAAUUUAAAGUAUAACAAUUAUCUGUAAUUUAUGGCUCUCAUAUUGGAAAGCACAGUUUAAAGAAUUAUCAGUAACCAACCAGUUGAUUACAUACUUACAGGAAGAAGUUCCCUACCUUAAUUUCCCUACAUGAUUAUCACAUUCUCAUCUAUGUCAGUGAUCACUAGGGUGACAAAAUGGAAUUUUUACUAAGGCGUAGGCAAUAACUAUAACUCACAAGAUACGAAUUUUCAAAACAACAGCUGAGUCACUGCAGCAUUGAGUAGGGGUACUCAUUGCUGCGGCCAGAAUCCAGUAUAUUGAUAGCUUCAUAGAUGGUUCCUGGUCCGUGAAGCUUCCUGCCAUUGGGAAAUCUAUUUUACUAUUGAAAGAAAGAUCAUGUGGGCUUGAAAUCUAAUAUCUCUGGGGAAACAUUCCACGCAUUUGCAAAAUGCAAAUAGUAUUAGCAUAUGUUCCAAUACCAAGAAAUAUACAAAACUGAAAGUUUCAGAAAUGCUGCUGUUUGUGUAUUAGAUGUUGAAUUCAGUAAAAAAUCUAUUCUUUGGCU